AUGGCUCGCACGAAGGUGGCCCUCCGGUACAUCCUUGAUAAAAAGUCCCGAUGCCGUACUUUAAAGAAACGUCAUGAGGGCCUACAGAAAAAGGCGGACGAGUUGGCCAUCAUGUGCAAUGCGAAGGCCUGCGUGCUAGUGUAUGGCGAGGGCAAGUCGGUACCAGAGGUGUUCCCGUCCCACUCCGAGGCGGUGGCUAUCCUGACUCGGUACAAGAAUAUGCCGGAGGGAAAGUUUAAGAAGACGGUGAGUCAUGAAGGCUUUCUCAGCCAACAUUUUAACAAGCUCCAAGCCAAGGGCCACAAGUUCCAAGGAGUCUGCGAAGACAAUGAGACCAAAAUCCUCCUGCACAAGGCUAUGCUUGGAAGCAACCUCUCGAGCCUCGAUGGCCUUAACAUCGAGGAUCUCGCCAAUGUUGGUCGAAAGCUGGAGGUGAUCCUCCAGAGCAUGGGGGAAAGCAUCACAAAAAUUAGUGGUCAACCACCAGUCUCCGCACCACCGCCAGCUCCAUACGUCACCGACUACAUGCACAUGGAGUCUCUGUCGACUUAUCAGGCAACACCACCAGCUCCAUACAUGGACAUGGAGUCUUCGUCGACUUUUCAGGCACCACCACCGACUGACAACAUGGGCAUGGGGUCUUCGAUGAUGUAUCAGGUGCCAUCACCAGCUCCCUAUGUCACUGGUUGCAUGGACAUGGGGCCUCCGGCGAUGCUUAAGGCCCCGCCACAGCAACAAGAGGAUUCACUUGACAUGAUGAGGUAUGGAGGAGACCUCAACGCCCCGGUCCACAGCGCCUACAAUACUAGUGGUUGUAAUGACACCAGGAUAAGAACUGGCUUGCCUAGCGGUGAUGUUAACUCGAAGAAGUCGUUUGAAGUGGGGUUUGGUUGGCAGUUCGGUGGCGCUGAUCCUGAAGCGUCUUCUUCAAGUCUUUUCCCCCCAAUGUAA